AUGCCGUCCUUCACCGGCACCACCCCCGAGUCUCUCCUCGCCCGCAACGACUCCCUCAACCCCGAAGCCACAUGUCGCGGCAUCACCUCCAACGGCCGGCCCUGUCGCCGCCCCGUCAGCCCUACAGGCCUCCCGCCCUCGCGCAAGAAGCUCUCGCCGCCAACCCCUGACGACGGCAGCGAGGACUCCUACUGCUGGCAGCACAAGGACCAGGCCGGCCGCUCGGGCAAGUCGACGCCGGGCUCGGCGCGGCCCUCUGGCGGCGUCAUCCGCGAGGAGGGCCGCUCGAGCCUGGACACGCUGGCCGAUCGUCUGGGGCUCGUGGAUAUCAACGGCGGCGGAAAGCCCAGUGGCCGGUACAGCUCGGAAAAGUACAGGCCCAAGCCAAAGUCGACGACGUUCUGUUUCUGCUUCACCGUGCCCGAGGAGGACUUUGACGAGGCGCCACGGCCUCACCAGCCCCGGCCGCAGCCUCACCCCGUUCAACCACAGGCUGGUCGGCCAUCGACCUCGUCGGCGCGUCCAUCACGCCCACAGACGUCUCACCCCCAGGGCCAUUCUCGCCCCUCCAGCUCGUCGGCCCCCACGGCAGGCCACCUCAAGUCCCUCAUCCCCGACAACCUCGACGCCCACACGUCCUCGGUGCUCAUGAAGGAAGUCGCCAAGCCGCCCUCUGAUGCCGACGAGCCCGGCUACAUCUACAUGUUCUGGCUGACCCCCGAAUCGGCCGCUGAUCCGGUCCCCGUCGACGCCGCAAGAGAGCUCCUCGCUCCUCCUCCCCGCGGCGGCGCCCGCAGCAGACGACCCAGCGACGUCGUUUCUUCGUUUGCAGACACAAACGGCCAAAAGUCAAAGACUAUGCUUCUCAAGAUUGGCCGAGCAGCCAAUGUCCAGCGCCGCAUGAUGCAAUGGUCCCGCCAGUGCGGCCACUCCAUCCAGCUGCUGCGCUUUUACCCGUACAUAGCCCCUUCGCCAGCUGCUGCCGCUGCGGCUGUUCAUCCCACGCCUCAUGUCAAGAAGGUGGAACGCCUCAUUCACCUGGAGCUUGGCGGCAUGGGGCUGCGUGCUGAUCUCGGCGCUUGCAAGGCCUGUGGACAUGAGCAUAAGGAGUGGUUUGAGGUGGAGGCCACGAGAGAUGGCGUCAAGACUGUGGAUGACAUUAUUCGCCGUUGGGUGGGAUGGGAUGAU